AUGGACUCGCAGGCACCUUCCCCGCCCUACCUGGACGAACCCGCGAACAGCGACAGCAAUGGAUCUCGCACGCCAUAUCUGUCUUUCACGCCGAAGCGCUCCAUUGCGUCGUUCGAGAACUUAGUUGCUUUGGCCAACUACCAGGAGCGACUGAAGGAUGCGCGGAAAAUGGUAUGGCGCGAUAGAGGGCAGCCAGUGACAGACUUGCCCGAUCUAAAAGCAUGUCUUGAGCACGCGGCCACUGGGGGACUUAGAUCAGCUACGCUUGCUUUUGGCAUUCGAGCGGGGUUAAACGUCGUACUCGCCAUGAUUCGUAUGCGUAGGAUGCCAAGAUCGCUCUGGUUCUCCCUUGUGCGACACGCAAUCUUCGGAUUCGAUACGCUUAGAUUCGGCGCAAUGCUGGGCACAUUUACAGCCGUCUACAAAUUCCUAAUCAACGCGUUGCCGAUCCUCGUUCCGGCCGUGAACCCCAGACGCUACAGUUCCUCCGCGGUCGAUGAUGAAGAAACCGACAUAGACAUGCUUGAAUCGGGGCGUAACACAUCGCGUUUGACGGUCGAAGUCCCUUUGGCUGAACGCCGAGCGCGCCUGUCUCUCAGCACACACGCUCAAAUGAUGAUCGUGCGCAAGAAGACGAGGAGGUGGCAUGCAGCGUUGGCCGGUGCCGUCGCUGGUGCGCUGGCUAUUGUAUGGGAGAAGCGAAAUAGAAGGGGAGUAAUUGCUCAACAGAUGUUUGUUCGUGGCCUUCAAGGGUCAUACAACUCUUUUGCCUCGAGGCACAAUAUACACGUCCCUCACGGCGCAGUACUAGUAUUCUCUGUCGCCUGCGGGCAAAUCCUGUACGCAUUCCUCUUGAGACCAGAUACUCUUCCUCGUUCAUACUCUUCCUGGAUCGGGCAAGCCGCUAAAGUGCCGGCAGAGUGCGUUCGCAUGAACAAGGACCUCGUCCGAGAAGGAACCUUCGACAUAGCGGACGUCGAUAAACUCUCCUGGCGGCCUGACAUCACACCUUCCAACCUCGUGAAACUCCUCGAGCUCCGCGACCGCGCGACCGCGCCAACCCCCUCCUUCGGCCCUCGUCACGUCUCGUGCGCGGCGGUGCAUCCUGCAAUAGACUCUUGCUUGUCGGUCCCCUUCGACCGCUUUUUCGAAGUUUUCAAGUGGAUGCUCCCCAUCUACGGCGCGCUUCACUUCAUACCCGCCAUUCUGUUUAAACGGAAGGAAUUUUUCAGACAGCCGCUUAAGAUGCUGCUGAAGGCUGGCUGGGGGACUACCCGCAGCUCGGCCUUCCUUGGUACAUUCGUCAUUAUAUACCAAACCGCGUUCUGUUAUAAGCAUUACUUGUAUGAUCGAUUGAGCUCGCCAAAGAACUUGCCAACAGUGCAACGACUCGUCGAGCUCCUCAUCUCCAGAGCAUCGUUUUGGAUACCUGGAUUCUUAUGCGGGCUGUCUCUCUUUGUCGAGGCCCCCAGAAGGCGAGCGGAGUUGGCGAUGUACGUCUUGCCUAAAGGGCUCGAAAGUGCUUGGAUUAUGGCUAGAGGUAAAGGUCUCGUUUUCAAGACCGGUAAAUAUGGCGACGUCAUGCUCACUGCGAUAGGCAUGGGCAUGUUCAUGAGUACAUACCAGAAUGACCCCCACCAUCUGUCUGGGUUGGUCAGGCGUAUCAUGUACCAAUUUAUAGGUCCAAAUUGA